AUGUGAGUGGGUUUCUCCUGUCAGUGUCCAGGGGGAGGUGGUGCUGUCUUGUCUGGCAGAUGCUGUGCAGCUCUAACGUUACUUCCUGCGUGCUGGCAGAGGCAGAGGUGAGCUGCUGCUGCUGCUGCUGCUCCUGCUGCUCCUCACUCGGCUCCCUGCUCCGCUCUGCUCCGCUCUGGGGGGAAAAAAAAAGCGGCGGCCGACGGAUUAUCCAGCUCGGCAACGUUAGCUCUGCCGGCUAACGGACAGAAGACAGCCGACCGAGGAGAAGAAGAGAGAGCCAUGAAAAGCCGCACAGGAGCCGGUGAAAGUUAGUCACUGCUUACUUUGGGGGGACUUUAAUGUACGGAAAUAUACAAAAAAGGAGGUUCGCGGAUCAUGCCGUCGCCCCCAACGGGAACUUUUUUCUAGGAUUUCCACUUGGGAAAGGCUAGCUCGGGGGCUAGCGAGGCUACAAACUAUUUUUUAAUUGGCUUUGGGCUCAAAUGGCUCUCGCUUGUUUUUCCCUGUCAUAGCGACAGCUUGGAAAAUCAAACCGGGGGGGGGGAGAGGCCCUGUGAACUUCAUGACAAACCAAAGCCCGGCUUUGAAGCGUAACUUCGGAAGGACAGACUGGGAAGAGGAGCGACCAUGAAGAAGCAGUUCAAUCGCAUGAAACAGCUCGCCAAUCAAACAGUUGGCAGAGCGGAGAAAACAGAAGUCCUCAGCGAUGACCUCCUACAGAUUGAGCGGCGCAUGGAGCUGGUGCGUGUGGUGUCCCACAACACACACAAGAGGAUGGUGUCAUGUCUACAGGGACACAUCGGUGCAGAUGCAGAGAAGAGACAUUCCGUACCACGCCUCUAUACAGGAAACGGUCAGAAAAAACUUCCCCUGACUUCCCUAUCCCAGGCGAUGGUGGAAGGCGGAAACCAGUUGGGAGAAGACUCCUUGAUAGGGAAGAUGAUGGAAGUGUGCGGCGACGCUGAGAACCGUCUGGCAUCAGAACUGAUGCUACAUGAGCUGCAGAUAGAGAAGGACGUUCUGGAUCCCCUCAGCCAGCUAGCAGAGGUGGACAUUCCUAACAUCCUGAAGCAGAGGAAACAGCUGGCCAAAUUGGUGCUGGACUAUGAUUCUGCCAGAGCAAGAUGGUUGCAGGCAACCAAGUCAAUAAUCUCAGGAACAAACACUCAAGCACUGACGGCCAAGGCUGACCUACUCAAGGAGGAGAUGGAUGAGUCCAUGAACAAAGUGGAGCUUUGCAAGGAUCAACUCGCUGCAGAUAUGUACAGUUUUUUCUCAAAAGAAGGGGACUAUGCCUGCUACUUCGUAACACUCUUAGAAGCUCAAGCUGAUUACCACAGAAAGUCUCUCACUGUUCUGGAGAAUGUCUUGCCAACCAUCCAGGCACAGCAAGACUCGUGGACAGAGAAGCCUGCAUUUGGCACCGGGCUGGACGAACACCUGAAGAGGAGCGGGAGGGAGAUCGCCCUGCCGUUAGAGGCCUGUGUCAUGAUGCUUCUAGAGACCGGCAUGAAGGAAGAGGGUCUAUUCAGAAUCGCAGCCGGGGCAUCCAAGCUAAAGAAGCUAAAGGCAGCGUUGGACUGUUCCACGUCGCAACUGGAGGAGUUCUACUCCGACCCCCACGCUGUUGCGGGAGCACUGAAGUCGUACCUGAGGGAACUCCCUGAACCUCUAAUGUCUUAUCAGCUUUACGAUGAAUGGAUCCAAGCAUCCAGUGUGUCAGAUCCCGACAAGAGGCUGCAGGCUCUCUGGGUUGUAUGUGAUAAGCUACCAAAGAACAAUAAAACCAACCUGAGGUAUCUGGUGAAGUUUCUAUCCAAACUGGCUCAGGACAGCGAGGUGAACAAAAUGACGCCUAGCAACAUCGCCAUCGUCCUGGGACCCAAUCUGAUGUGGGCCAAGACUGAGGGGAGUCUGGCUGAGAUGGCUGCAGCUACCUCUGUGCACGUGGUGGCCAUCGUGGAGCCCAUCAUCCAGCAUGCUGACUGGUUCUUUCCAGAGGAUGUGGAGUUCAACGUGUCCGGCAUGUUUGCGAUGCCAACGCCUGCAUCCAACCACAACAAUCACCUUGACUACGACUGUGCCACCAUUGAGAGGAAGAGGCCUGUCAGUAUGGUGGGACCAGACAACGACAUGACGCGCAAAGACAACACCCCUAACAAGCACUCGGACCACACCCUCCGUAGAGGCAGUAACACCUUAGGUAGAAAGCAGCACACUUCACCCGCCUUCCAGCCUCCUUUACCCCCUGUGGAGGCUCCAGGGCAGGGGCACGGGGCCGGGCAGGUCCCCCAGCCCUCAGCCGAGCCCCAGCCCCAGCCUCAGCCACAAGCUCCAUCAGGGGGUUCAGGGACUGACACUUCCCAACAUAGUUUGGCGCAGAAUCUGGCUGCUCUCGCUGCAGCUCAGCAGCUUCUAGCCCAGCACACAGAGGAGCUCAGCAACCCAAAGCUACGUGACUCCACACCUGCCCAGACUCCUCUGCUGCAGAGGAACGGCUCUGCUGGAGGAGGCCAGGCUGCAGGCCAGCUGGGCACCGGAACUCCAGGGGCUGGAUCCAUGGGGCCCAGUCCACAUAUGAUGCGUAGAGGUACCAAGAAGCAGGCCCCCGCCCCUCCCAAACCGACAAACCCUCCACCCAGCCAGCCCUGUAAUUCACUGAACCAAACCUCCUCCUCAGGCUCAUCCCAGUCCCUCAGUCCUACCCCCAGACCCCUGUCCAGCCACUCGCCCACCUCGCCCACUUCUCCCACCUCGCAGCCGUGUGCCACGCCCAGACGCCACUCCAGUAACCAGCCCCCCAUCCAGGCGCCCAGCCAUCCACCCCCAGAACCUCCGACGCAGGCCAGCCCUCCACCGCAGCAGGCGUCGCUCGGCCAGUCCGGCGGGGACCAGCGGAGCGCCGACCCCUCACCUCCGGGCACCCCGUCCCCUCCUGACACCCCUCCGCCCUCCAACAACACCCAGGAUGCAGUCGCCCCUCCGUCCCCGUCCCCCUACCAGUCGGGCUCCCUCCCCCGGCCGCGACCCGUCCCCAAACCCCGGAACAGACCGAGCGUCCCGCCACCACCCCAGCCCACCACACCGGCCAGUGACACCAACGGGAUCUGUGCCACUGCUUACAAGAUGAUGGACCCGGCGAUGUCUUUCAAAGGGCUCAGUCGAGCUUUGGUCCCUGAGCUCGCUGUAGACCAGCAGCCAGCGACGGCCUCCUCCUCCUCCUCCUCCUCCUUCCUGCCUCCUCCCAGAGACUGUGACCUGGACACUGAGAGCACUGUCCUAUAAGGAGAAGACAACGACAACAAUGACGCGCUCCGGUCCAGUACCCCCCCGCAUCACGCAUCUCCUCCCAUCAUGCAAAUGCACACACCUCAUUUUAGUCCGCUCGUGUUUCGUCUCCUCAGCCCGUAUCUGCAGCCCUCUUCAGAGAGAAUAAACCUCUGCUGUCACGUUCUCCCAGUCCGGCCUGUAUGAAGGACUUUAAUGUGACAUAAUGCGUCUUCUGGCAGCCAUGAUGGAGGUCCGCAGCUCUUAGUAAACAUUGGCUAUGAUAGUAGAUGUGCUUCUGUGCAGUACACGCUGUAAUGUGUGUUGAUGCUUUGACAGGGAACUGCUUGUUUGAUGAUUUAUAUGUUUAAUUCUCUGCAUUCCAUCAGCUAAAUGCUAUAUACAUCUGACAUUUACACAUCUGGCAUUUGAUGAUAAUUGUAGCAGCUCCUAUAAACAAAUUGACAUAACUCGGUUAAGUUAGUUGAAUUCAAAAGUCAAAAAAAUCAUGUUUAUCUUCUAGUUGGAGCUAAAAGUUCAUUAUUAAUCAUAGCAGGCAACAAUUUAAAAAACUGCUGAGUCAUUUUUGAAGCAAAAACGUCAUUUUUAACAAUUUUCUUGGCACACACAAAAAGAGAUUCAGCUAAUUGUUAAUUUGCCUAGUCAUGAAACAAAUCAUCCCCCUCUCACCCGCUCCACCACAACCAUCUUCACCUCUUCCAGCCGAGCUGUUAUAAGCCACUGUUUGCUCCGAGUCCUCCCGACCUCUGUGAUGCUGUCAGACGUCAGCCUCUACACUGCAACACACACACACAAACACACACACACCACCGCCGCCACCACCUCUGUCUUUAUACUGCACCCCCCCCCUCAAACAGAUCAAGCUCCAGACAAUCAACGACAAACAGCAAAGAACCGCUGAGUCACCCCCUUGUAGCUCCAACCAGACGUCGCGUCGCAGUAUGAAGCCCCCGGGUACUGACUGUACAUGGAAGAUUGGGUCGCGAGGAGA